AUGUUCUGUGAUGUUCACGCUCAUCCACUCCGACAUCCUUGCCGUGAUACGGAGCUUCGUUUGAAAGGUGCCAUGACUUUGCCGGAGGCCUCCAGUGACGAGGUACGUCAUGAAGACUUUGACGAUAGAAUUAUGUUGGGCCUCCUCAUGCACGUUCUGAACGUUGCUCGUACCAUCAAUGAGGGGCUCAAACGUCGGCGUUGGGGGCGCAUACCGGGGACCACUGGCCGGGAG